GGUGCAUCCUGGGUUGGCGUAGCCAUGGCGGCUCGUGUCCUUUCGGCUUGUGCCCGCCGCCUGCCCGCGGCCUUGGCGCCGCCGCCGCUGCGGGUCCCCACGCUGGCCCUGGCCCGGCCGCUGAGCACUGCCUUGCGACCCGCGGAGGCCCGGAGGACGGUCGGGGCCACGCACGCGGCCGCGGCGCCUGCGCAGGUGCCAGGGCCUGUGCUGAGGUGGGGCCGCUCCUACAGUGACUUGCCACCCCUGACACUAGAGGGCAUCAGGGACCGCGUACUGUAUGUCUUGAAGCUGUAUGACAAAAUCGACCCGGAAAAGCUCUCAGUAAAUUCCCACUUCAUGAAAGACCUGGGCUUGGACAGUCUGGACCAAGUGGAGAUUAUCAUGGCCAUGGAAGAUGAAUUUGGAUUUGAAAUUCCUGAUACAGAUGCAGAGAAGUUGAUGUGUCCACAAGAAAUUGUAGAUUACAUUGCAGACAAGAAGGAUGUAUAUGAAUAAACCACCAGAACCCUUUCCUCGCAGAGAGGACUCAGAUGAUACCAGAGAGGGUCGAGGGGAGAAGGCGCCUCAGCAGCAGUGGUGGCACAGCCUCUCUGUUGGACUUCUAUUUAAAUUGUCUAAGUGUUUUGCCUUUGAAAAUAAAUCUAUGAAACCAA